AUGCUCAGGGCUUCCGAGCUGUGGCCGGGGGAGGCGGAGGCGGCCGCUCGCAGCCCCGGGGCCGCUCCGCCGACCCAAUCCAAGCCGCUCACCUCCUUCCUCAUCCAGGACAUCCUGCGGGACGGCGCCGAGCGGCGCGGCGACCACCCAGGCAGCCCGCGACCCCCGCACCAGCCGGAUCCGAGGCGCGACCCUGCGCUGGAGCCGGGGGGAAGAGGCGGCGGCGCUAGGAAGCCGAGGGACGAGCCGACCUCCUGGCCCCACGCCGGUCCCGGGGAGGCCGACACACCGGCCGAGAUCGAGCCAGAUGGGCACUUUGGGACUUAUCUGCUGGACUGUGAAGAUGCGCCAAGCCUUCCCCAGACCUCCAAGCAGCCGCAGAAGCGCUCGCGAGCCGCCUUCUCCCACACCCAGGUCAUCGAGUUAGAGAGGAAGUUCAGCCAUCAGAAGUACCUGUCAGCCCCCGAAAGGGCUCACCUAGCCAAGAACCUCAAGCUCACUGAGACCCAAGUGAAAAUAUGGUUCCAAAACAGACGCUAUAAGACUAAGCGGAAGCAGCUGACCUCCGACCUGGGAGACUUGGAGAAGCACCCCUCCUUGCCUGCCCUGAAAGAGGAGGGCUUCUCUCCAGCCUCCCUGGUCUCCGUGUAUAACAGCUACCCCUAUUACCCCUACCUUUACUGCGUGGGCAGCUGGAGCCCGGCUUUCUGGUAAUGCCAGCUCAGAUGACAACCAGGUAUGAUCAAAAAUUGCCUUCCCCAGAGUGUCUCUCCGGAAAGCAAAAGGGGCCAAGGUCAGGAAGCAACCAGGAGCAAGAGGUGCACAGACCAAAGCGUUGGAGGCUGGCCUGGAAAUCCCAGCAUCUUCUCUGGUGGGCCACUGACAGAUCUGGGACAGUGAAUGCUUUAAUAUCUAAAUAGUUCCCCCAGUGCACACUGUACGUCAUUUUUGCUUUUAGCUACCUGUUUGAAGGGGGGGAAUUAACUGCUGUCUCCAGCACUUUGUAUGAUUUUGAAUGAGCACCUGAGGUUCCUGUGUCUACAACUCCAUCCUCUUGUGCAGCCGAGCAGCAACUCUGAAAGAGCAAACCUAAAAGUACAGAG